AGAUAUAAAAUCUUCAAUGUCUCUAUGUAUAAGUUUAAAAUUUUGGUAAAUAGUUACACAGCAUGGAUGCACUUGUUGCACAGGGUUUUGUGAACCUUUGUGGACUCACUCAAGUCAUAGUCGACCCAGACAAUUCUAUAUUUUGAAAUUUUUGAUAAAUUAUGAUAAAAGAGAAAUGUGAUCCUGCGAUUUAACAUGUGUUCAUUUUGUUGAAUCCUGAAAAUUUUAAAAAUAUCAAAUUUUUGUCACAUUCACCGAAGUGAGUACGAACGUAAUUAAAAAUCCAAUGAAGUCAGUGCACUCGAAAUAAAACUAUUCUAAUUUCCAGAUAUGAAAUUCAGCGCUAUAAUUAAAAUACGCAGUCGCAUUGUGUCGAAACAGCGAAUAAUCAUGCGACGAGAUCCAUCAUGCAUAACGAGAUCCGAUGGAAAGCGAGAUGACGCUGAUGAAACGGAGGCACGAGCGCGUUUGAUAUAUUUAUAACGCAUCUGUAAGCGGCGGUUGCUAUUUCGCAGAUAAUUGCGCGAUAAUGGCUCUUGUCGCGCGCGACAAAACGUAAAAGUCAGCGGAUGCUCCGGCGUGGGCGAUCCUCCCCACCUCCCUUUCUCCCGUCCCCUUCUUCCCUCUCGCCCCGCUCUCCCAUUCAAUCCAUUGUCGGUAGCGCCGGUGGUCCUACCUCCCCUUGCCGAUCUCCCCCGUCGGCCCGCAGAUUUGCCGCAUGGUGCGUUGGUGCGUAGCGCUGGUGCGUUCUGUGUUGAUGCUUACACGGCGCUCGAAUGGUCGAGCGUCAUUCAGUAUUAGUCGGGUGCUCCCGAGGACGGUGCCUUUCGCUUCCUAUUUUUUCCUCUUCGCUCUUUUGCACCUCGCGACGUGCAUAGCGGCGCGGGAACGGUUUCUCGCACCUACGCGGAUUAUUUUCGUUCGACUAAUUAUGCGUGCACGCUCCCUCCGUUUCUAGUCCGAUCUAGUCGCGCCGCAAAGUCGGGUCUCGGGUCUCAGAACCGAUAAUUGUCGUUAAUUACCUCGCACGACGAUCUUGAACUGUAUUCACCCCACGUGGCGCCGGUGGAUGUCUUAUUUGGAAAAUCUGCGGCGAUCUGUGAAAUAUAUCGUACGGCAAGGAAGGAGGAAGAGGAGAAUAGUUUUCUCUCUAUUUGAUGGUGAAUCACGACAGUUGGGCGUAGACACCACCGGAAACGGGAAAGGAUAAAUUCGAUGGUGGAGCAGUCGACAAGGCGAGCGACUUGAGAAGCAAGAACGGAGGCGCGAUGCCGUCACGAUUUAUUUUGUAGCUAACGGAAAAACGUAGGACGACCGGAUCUAAACGAUGAUGACGACGACGUGAUACGUGACCGCUGUCGACACACAUCAUUCCCAUUUGAAAAACGGAGAGGUCGAGCCGACAAAAGACCCUUGGGGUAACGUGACAACAAUAUUUUUCGUUGCUUCGCUUAAAUUUUAAAGGUCACAAUUUAUCAGAACUUACUUGUGUGUCGAGCAAUAGAAGUGGAUGGACGAAAGUUGUGGAAAAGAGAAAAGUCACGUCUAUCUUGACCAGAUUUCUCAAAGGAAACAGAGAUAAAGAACAACCGUCUCUCCUCUUGUAUUUCUUUAAAAUCUCUCAGGUCAAGGCUUCGAGGAAUAAACCACGCAGAGCCAAUCAGGAGACUCGUUCCGCGCAGAGUUGUUUGUUGUCUGACACGUGUGGCCGUGCACUAUGAAUUUCUGAGAAAGCCGGAUGCACCUGGAUGAUCCAUGAUCGCGCUAAUCUGCGACGAUUCGGUACCUUCGGUAUCGAUCGACCUUCGGUAUCGAUCUCGCUCGCAAAUUAUUAAAUUUGACGUAACUUCGGUUGCGUUUGGUCGGUGACACUUUAGUUCAGCGAAACGAAAAAAAAAAAACAAGAAGAAAGAUGAAUUCCUGCUUUCCGCAUUUGGCGAUAUUGAAUUCGCGAAAUUCGAAUAAAUCGAAGGACCGACUCAACGACGAGUGCAACGUCGUAAACGCCGAGGACAGCCGGGUGCGAUCGAGGCCUCUGACGUUAUCGGGGAAGAACGACGUUUUCCAAGAUUUGGAUCUUUAUUACGUUCGACAGAUCGCACGAAACUCGAAGGAACAUGACCUCGAGCAGAAAAUCGAGGUGGAAAUUAAGAUGAGGGAAGGCUCGGCGAGACUUCUGGCGGCCGCGAAGCAUCGCGCCCAAAGCUUGGAAGCCGCCAAGGCGUUACUCACAUCCAAUGAAAGAAUGUCGGUCUACAUGGCGGAAUUGCAGAAUCGCCGCCGCGAAUCCAUCAAACAGUCGUGCACUUCUGGAAGUACGGGCAAGUUGUCAAUCUCGGAUCUCAGAAUACCACUGAUGUGGAGAGAUUCCGAUCACUUCAAGAAUCGCGGUGAUCAUCGUCGAUUCGCCGUCUUCUGCCUGGCACGAUUGGGCACGGAAAUCCAUGAUACCUCCUUGUUAUAUCCCAUCGAUAGGGCUCAUACGGAUCUCAGUUUUCCCGAUGUCUUGAUAUUUAACAAUGUGCCAUCCGAAUUCGAAUUAAUCUUGGAAAUCUAUAGUCAUGUUUUGCAAGAAGAUUUGAGUAUUGCCAGCACACCGAGAAGAAUCAAAAAGACGAUUCACUCGUCAAUCUCGAAAACUGUUGGCAAGAAGCUCGCCGCUUCGCUUCGUGAUGAAUUUGGCUCCGCUAAAUCUGGGCCACACUUUGAUUUAGUAGCUCGCGCAAAACUGUCUUUAGACGACACAAACGACAAUACUCAUACGCACGACCUCGUUAUUAAUAGCAUUGAAAAUAAACAUCAUUCUCUGCCACUUUUCGGUCAUUUUUGUUGUCGAUUGGCGAUACAGCCAGAAUGCAUCACUAAAGAAAUAUGUAUUGGCAACGUGAAAAUAGACGGCCAGAAUUAUUGGGCGCGUCUACAAGGAUUUUGUAUAAAAACAUGGGAAUCGAAAAAACACGCGGAAGAAGGUCAAAAUCCAGAACACAUAAUACCUAUUAACAAAAGAACAUCCAUUCAACCAUCCAGGACUUCUACUAAAGAACUUUUAAUAAACAAUUCUGGCAACAGUGUGGAAACAUUGCUACCGAUUAAAUUUGAAUCGAAGGAGGAAGUUCAAAAGUGGUUGAAGCUCUUAUCAGCGCACAUAAACGAUCACUCGAGAUGGAAACAUGCGGCGGAAGUUAUUCAAAGGGUAUCCAACAUUGAAAACAUGAGAAAUUCCUUUAUCAGUAAUAAAAGACAGGGCUCCUUAUAUGACGAAACACCUUUAAUAGAAUCAAUUCCAUCGGAUUACACAUCGGCAAGACCUACUGUACAAACGAUCUUUGAUCUCACACCUAGUACUAGUCUAAGCAGUUGCAGUUCCACGAAUAGUCUAACAAGCCUACGUUCACGUUCGCUGAGUAUCAGCGGUGUAUUUAAACAAAGUGGUAUUUCUUUAAAGCCUCAUUUAACUUCCGCUAAUAAAAAGGCAUAACGAUUUUUACGAUUCUUUUCGAAGAAUUAAAAUAUUCUAAAUGCCGAAUUAUCAUGGCACAACUAAAACUUUCCAAUUUUGAUCUGAGAUUGAUACAUAAUUAUUAAUUAAGCUGGAAGGAAAAUUAAAUAUAGUUUCUCAGUUAAUACACAUUGUAUUAACCGAAGAGACUUGCAUGGGAAGAUUUUAAUUUGGUCGACAUGUAGUAUAUAUCGAUUGAUAACUCGAUAUCUGUAGAAAGUUUGUUGGCUAAGGUUUAUACAGUACAAAAGAUUCUAAUUAAACGAUUUUUUUUCUUUUUUAUUUUUAUAGUGCGAAGUCUUACAUAUUGCUAAAAGUACAAGGAAAGUUCUGUUAUAGUGUAUUUCUGAGUUAUAAAAAAAUAUAUAUAGGAAUAUUGCAAUAUUUAGUACAGUUGUAAUGAUACACAUAUAUAUUUAUAUACAUGGUACAUAGUAUUUAAUGCAAUGGUAAUAAUAAUAUAUAACUAUAUAAUUAA